CAGACUGCGGGCUGAUGGGAAAGUGGUGGUGUCAGAGAGCCAGGAAGGGUGUGCCUGUCGGAGGCAGGAAGAAACAAGCAGAGCGCCUUGGAGAUUCAGCUGCAGCGGGCGAGCGGACCCUCCAGGCUUCAGGAUGUUCUUUACCUGUGGCCCCAAUGAGGCCAUGGUUGUCUCAGGUUUCUGCCGCAGUCCCCCUGUCAUGAUAGCUGGAGGACGCGUGUUUGUGAUUCCAUGUAUUCAACAGAUCCAGAGGAUCUCACUGAAUACUCUGACCCUGAAUGUGAAGAGUGAAAAAGUAUACACCCGACAUGGGGUCCCCAUCUCCGUCACCGGCAUUGCCCAGGUGAAGAUCCAGGGACAGAACAAGGAGAUGCUGGCAGCUGCUUGCCAGAUGUUCCUGGGCAAAUCAGAGCUCGAGAUUGCCCAGAUCGCUUUGGAGACGCUAGAGGGGCACCAGAGAGCCAUCAUGGCCCACAUGACUGUAGAGGAGAUAUACAAGGACCGGCAGAAGUUCUCCGAGCAGGUCUUCAAAGUUGCCUCCUCUGACCUGGUCAACAUGGGGAUCAGUGUGGUCAGCUACACCCUCAAAGACAUACACGAUGACCAGGAUUAUCUUCACUCUCUGGGGAAAGCUCGGACGGCUCAGGUGCAGAAGGAUGCCAGGAUUGGAGAAGCUGAAGCCAAGAGGGAUGCUGGUAUCAAGGAAGCAAAGGCCAAGCAGGAGAAAUUGUCUGCUCAGUACUUGAGUGAAACAGAAAUGGCCAAAGCCCAGCGGGACUACGAGCUGAAGAAAGCCACUUACGAUUACGAGGUGAACACGCGGAAAGCGGAGUCUGACCUGGCCUAUCAGCUCCAGGUAGCCAAGACGAAGCAGAAGAUCGAGGAAGAAAAAAUGCAGGUGCUGGUGGUGGAGCGAGCCCAGCAGAUUCAGAUACAGGAGCAGGAGAUGAUCCGCAAGGAGCGUGAGCUGGAGGCGAAGGUCAAGAAGCCCGCUGAGGCAGAGCGCUUCCGGCUGGAGAAACUGGCGGAGGCCGAGAGGACACAGCUGAUCAUGCAGGCAGAGGCUGAAGCAGAGGCCAUCCGGGUGAAGGGUGAGGCUGAGGCCUUCGCUAUUGAGGCCAAGGCCCGGGCUGAUGCCCAGCAGAUGGCAAAGAAGGCAGAGGCCUUCCAGCAGUACCAGGAAGUAGCCAUGGUGGACAUGCUUCUGGAGAAGAUUCCGGAGAUGGCCGACGAGAUCAGCAAGCCCCUGACUUCGGUGAAGAAGAUCACCAUGGUAUCGAGCGGACCUGGGGACAUGGGGGCUGCCAAGAUAACUGGGGAGGUGCUGGAAAUCAUGAGCAGGCUGCCUGACACCGUGGAGAAACUCACUGGCGUUAGCAUCUCUCAGCAGAUGAAUCAGCAGAAGCCAAGACGGAUGAACUGAAUGCGGAAGACUUGCGGAGGGGGAGGGAGAGGGGGAAAUCCUUCCUGAGCGUGACCCUCGUCAUCUUGUAUGUGUCCAUAUAUAGAGUUCUUCCCCAUCCUGAGCCCUCCUGUAAUCGCCAAACCUUUAAUGGACUCGACUGUUGCAUGUUGGCCAACAAUCCUUGAAACUGCUGAGGUCUGUCACCCUUGCUGUCUCCCAGUGUCAACCCCAACGUGUACCUUGUCAGCACCCUGGCACCCAUCACCGCUUGUCACGCCACGCUUCUGUUGCGCUCGUUCCCCCACCAACUGCACCGUUGACGCCACUUCUGUGCUUUGUUGCCUGAGCUCGUUGGGUCACCAUGUACCUCCUGCAAGUGACCUUUCUUGGAGAAUUUAAGGAAGAAUCUGCUGCUGGAAUUACUGGGGAGGCAGCAAGGAGGAAUCUGGGAGGAAGGGGAAUCCAAGGCCUGCCCUUUAGAGGUUGGUUUGUUCCCGGGUGCUUUGCCAACAAGAACUUGUAAGAGUUUUGAGUUUAUGUAAGGUGGGUCCAGUGGAUCUUCUAAGGAACUGCCUUCUGCGAGUGGAGACGUUUUAGAGGGUCAGUCCUACACUACCGGCCGAUGCUGAAAGAACGGGCAUGGACACAGUUCUUGCUAGCUCCAUAGACCUAAAACCACUUAUAUUUUUCUGUGUAUGUAUGCCCACGCUAAUUCAGCCCCUUCUCCCUUUGUGCCAUAGUUCUUGGGCAUGGCUGAGAUGCCCCCCACUUGGCAGAAUUCAAAUAAUCUUGCUCCCUUUUGUUGUUGCUUUUAUACUUUUUUAAAAACACACAAACACAUACUAUCUCGCUUUUUCAAGGGGCAUGUUUUUACAGCCGCUCUGCACUAAGCCACAAAUAUAUGAAGCCAAAAGCAUGUUCCACACAGCAUUUGGCACAGUGGGCAGGUGGCCAAACGCUGUUCUGGUAGGUGCGUAUUAACAGAGACGAGAUGUAUAAUGAAUGCAUAUUUAUUCCCCCCCCCCUUUAAAAUCAACAUCUGAUUGUGCCUUAUAUCUGUGUUAGCUUCUGGAACAAUCCUACGUUGCCACCAGUCCUGUGGCUGGGAUAGGAGGCGGGUGAAGGAAGGGCUUGUGGGAUACACAAUCAAGAUGACAGGUGCUGCUGUCCUUUUACUAGUUCGGAUUCUGGGCCAAGAGGGUUAUAUGGUACUUGCAGAAACCUGGCUGUGGCUUUGGCCUAGCCUUUCCCCUUGACAUGCUAGUUUUCUGCAUGCAGGGAGCUUUCCUGAAGGAGAGCAUUCCAGCCGCAGUGGGACAUGGAGACUCUGCGCCACAUGGUUCGCCUGUUGCGUUCAGAUCUGCCUUGGCAAUCUUUGCCGUGAGGCGGGUUGGCCCUCCGAGGAUGGCUGCCAAAACAGAGACAAUCGGCUCUUGCUUCAUUCAGGAUGGGAAACCCCAAUAGAGGACCAUUUAAAGAGCUCCCCCACCCACCCACUUUUCUGCUGCCAGACUCUGGUCUUGUCCUUACAUUUCAGCUGUUUUGAGCCAUGUCUGAGCUUCCCAGAGUGAGCUGUGAGUAGCCAGACACCGCUGUGUCGCCUUUGCCCUCUUCCCUCGUGCCACAAAUCAUGUUGGCUUGCCUGCUGCUCACUCCCAAGAUGAAGCACGCUUGAUUGUAGGUGGAGCACACCUGACCCUGUACCUAACGGAGAAGCCCCUUGUUUGUGCCUAUCCCACCUCUUGCCCUGCUUGCUGUGUAUUAAGGCCUCAGCACGGUGCCUUGUCUAACUCUUUGCCAAGGAGUUGCCCCCAUCGUCCUUUCUGCCACCAAGAUCCUCCGCUUAUAAUAAAAGCCAAGAUUACUGCC